UGAAAGUGAAACUGAAAAGCGAAUCCUCCUUCACACAGUUAUACCAACCUGUGUCAGACAGAACUGAGAAAUUAUCUCGAGAACGUUCUUUCCUUGUUCCAAACAAUCAUACUCACAAACCAUGGGAAAUAACAAGUCGAGAAUGACUUCGGAUUACCCAAGAGACAUGAUAUUCUAUGUUAAGAAGAUUUCAUCGACAUUCCUUGGAAGAGAGAUUACCAAACGAUGUGGAAACGAAGGGCAACAUAACAAUCUCGAGGAAAAAGACAAAACCACCUUGAGAUUUCUGCAAGCAGCCAUCUCGUACAUCUCAGAGGCGACCGACUUGGGAGCAGAUCUUUCAAAUGCAGCUUUCAUUUUUUCACAGCCGGGAAGAGAGUUUGUUAUUCAGGCUGGAAAUGGCGACUGGGAGUUCUUUUUUUCAGAAGAUCUGAAUAAUACAAUUCAUGGCCACUGUGUUCGUAAGGGUCCAAAGCAGGCUUCCCGAGGUUUUUGGAAUAGGUGCGGUUCCCCUAAUCGAAACAAUAGUCCCAGAACAGCAUCAAGUCGAAUAAAUGGUUUGUUGGCCUUGCCGUCUGCUGCCUAGAAAACUGUUUUCUCUUGCUAUACCUCUACAGAGGAAAAGAUAAAAUUCAAUAAAUACACGUAUCUUCACUAGCUUGCUACUACAGUGACAAAUAAAUCCAUAAUUUAUCAGGCAAUUUGAGUUUGGUAUUUGAAAAUUUGUUCAAUUUGAUCCGGCCCGCAGUCAGACUCGUAUCAAUGGCCUUUAGCUUGUUAUUUUUAAUCUUUUCCAAGAAAUGUAUUCAUUUUAUUCACGGGUAAUGUACUACCAAGUCAACAAAAUUUGACAGUUUACCCAAAUUUAAGAUAUUUGAUGAAGAACAAACAGGGCUAGAAAUGGCUGUUCAUCGAUAAAUCAAGAUAGUUACACUUUCUUUAAUUUUAAUCGAAUUUCUAUCUUUUCUCAACUCUUGGAGUACUCUGACUCCACAAGAUAAUGAAAAUUGCCAUUCCAAAAUCUCUCGAUCUGGAGUCUAAUUUGUCACUUAUGAAAGUGAAAUGUAAUCAAAUGGUACGUGUCUUAGGGAAUCAUUUGACGUGAGUGUGUCCAAAUUCGUGAAAAAAAACACUCCAUCACCCUUUUAUUUAUGCGUGUUUGUUUGUUUGUUUUUUUUUUUUUAACUGAAUGUCUUUUACAGUAUGUUUGUGAUUUUUUAUAUACCAAGUAAAAAAUCAAAAACGAAAAUUCAAAAGAAAAGAAUAGGUAACCAAGGCUAGGAAGCUAGCUGAAAUAGUUUAUUUUUUUGUUUGAAAGUCCUCGGUUCUUCAGUGUUUCCCCUAAGUAAGCAAGAAUAUUAAAACCACGCACCGUUGCAUGCAGCUGUUGAAGGUGGAGACUUUCUACAACUUCUUACGUUGAAUAGUUAAAUAAAGUAGCAUAAACAAUGAC